GGGACCGUGAUAGUUUCACUAGAUUGCACAUUUACCGGGACACUUCACAGAGCGCUAAUUUCUUCACCCUUUCCGGAUGCCUUCAUUCAUCUUGGACAGCGACGUUCACAGAACUCAUUCAAUCAUUACAGCACGGUUGAGCUUGAUAGAAGUGAUAUGAAGGAUUAACUGAACAAAAAUAAUUUCCCGACGCUUUCCUAGAAGUUGUCAAGCAAAAUAACUGGAAUCCUGCAGGUCAUUGACAAGAUGGGAGCCUACACGGACAUGGAUGACAUGGCAUUCCAUUCAAACAUACCUCCGGUGGCAGAUUUUGCAGUAGCUAUAGUGUAUGCUGUGUUUGGUAUCUGCUCUCUUUUGGGCAACAGCAUUCUGCUCUAUGUCUCAUACAAAAAGAAGCACCAGCUAAAGCCAGCAGAGUUCUUCAUCAUCAACCUGGCCUUCAGUGACAUGGGUCUGACCUUGGCCCUCUACCCCCUGGCCAUCAUCUCCAGUAUCUAUCACAGGUGGAUGUUUGGAAAAACGGUGUGUUUGAUCUAUGCGUUUUGCGGCAUGUUGUUUGGGCUCUGCAGUCUGACAACUCUAACCCUGCUGAGCAUGGUGUGUUUUGUGAAAGUAUGUUAUCCUCUCUAUGUACGUUUCAGAGUCUCUCAUAGUGACCAGGGGACAUGCUACUUUAUUAAACCGACUCUCCACAUCAAUCACCCAAUCCAUCAAGGUAACCGGUUUAAUCAGGUCCACGGGCGUCUGCUGAUAGCCUGUGCAUGGGCCUAUGCCCUGGUGUUUGCUUGCUCCCCUCUGGCCCAUUGGGGGGAGUAUGGUCCGGAGCCUUACGGCACAGCCUGCUGCAUCGACUGGCGCUUGUCCAACCUUCACCCAGUAGCACGCUCUUACACAGCGGCACUCUUCGUCUUCUGCUACAUCCUGCCCUGCUGUGUCAUCCUGGCAUCCUACACGGGCAUUCUAAUGAUGGUCCGGGCCUCGCAUAAGGCCAUGGAGCAUCAUGUGGCCCGGCCGAUCAAGUUGAGCAACAUCCAGGCUGUUAUUGUGAAGCUGAGUGUUGCUGUCUGCAUCGGUUUCUUUACAGCGUGGAGCCCGUAUGCCGUGGUGUCUAUGUGGGCAGCAUUUGGACAAAAUGAAAACAUUCCUCCGUUGGCAUUCGCGCUGCCUGCCAUGUUUGCCAAGUCCUCAACCAUCUACAACCCCAUCAUCUACCUGAUGCUCCGACCCAAUUUCCGCAGGGUGAUGUACCGGGACUUAGAGAGCCUACGCAGGGCCUGUCUGAAGGGGUGCCUGUGCUUCUCCCCCCUGGCCCGGAUCGACAUCCACUCUCUCCGCAGGCGACCGCGACACAACCAGUCCUGUACCAUCACCUUGUCCCCCCGCCAAGCCCUCGCGGGUUCCAGAGGUUGCAGUGGGGGCUGCGACGUCUUUGAGUGCUUCAGUCACUACCCCAGAGGUUGUUGUGGUGACACCAGCAUUAAGGCUCCUCAGGGUCAGCCAUCGGUAGAGCCCCGACGGCGGCGUAGGACCCCAACACGGAAACCAAGGCGGCAGCUGACAAGGCAGGAGGCCUUUCAUAAGAAGUCCCUUCGAGUCACCAUACGUGGCAAACAUACCUCAGAGAUCGACAACUUUCAGAGGGAACUGGAGAUGGUGCCAGGAUAUGCCAAAGUUGCCUGGCCCUGAAAUAUAUGCAUUCUCGAGUUUUACAUUCUAUUUUUUGUUCUGUUAUAUGUUGUAAGUGAUAUCUGGACAGUUUUAAUGAUUCCAUAUUGUUUAUUUGUAGACCUGGGUUCGAAUACUACGUUUCAAAUAUCACAGUUGUUUUCAUAUGCUGUAAACUCAAAGUGAAAGUCCAGUACAAACGGAUCUGAAGGGUAAACAUUACAUAAUGUAUGUGAAUAUAGAGCACUUCAUUAGUGUAUGUUACAUUACAUUAGAUUCUGUUACAUUAGAAUUUGCUAAAUGUAUGAUGAUGUGUGUUCCAAAUAGCUAAAAUGUAUAAUUGGUUGCAUCUGCCAUUGUUCAGAUGGGUUUGAGGAUGGAGAAGAGGAUUUAGCCAAUAUAAAUUCAGUAUUUUAGGAAUUAAUUCAGCAUUUUUAGGAUAUAAUUUUGAAAAAUGAAAUAUUUCAAGUUGAUGUUUGAAAAUACUUUACAUUCCUGUAGCCUACUUCAACUAAUUUCAUUAUUCCAAAGUAACUGGAUCGGGCUGUGUACAAUAUAUGAAAAUAUUCUUACAGGUACAGAUAAUAGUAUUUUAAUUAUAAGGUAUUCAAAUACACAUUUGAAUACCUUAUUUGAAGCCUGGUCUGACAUAGUAAAAGCCACAUUAAAAAGCUGUGUUGUCUCUCAAGGUAUCUAUCAUGGGAUGAACCCCAUAAUUUCCUAACCGAUAGGGAAAAGAUCACAAUUACAUACUCCCCUCAUCUUCCAUGGAACCCAUUGAAGAGCAGAGAGGUCUCGUUUUUUAUCCAAUGGGUUCUGGGAAGGAGAGGAUGUGAAGAGUAUGUUACUGAGAUCUUACUUGGGACAGAAAUCUCAGGCAAAGAUGGUGGCUAAAUACAGAUAGUUUACUCUCAGCUUUACUCUUGAAAGAAAUGAUCACUGUUUCUGUCUUUGCAAGUUGUGUGUGAGCAUGCUCUCCCAUGUGAAAUAACAUUUCUUCCAGAAAAUCUGGAAUGCUCACUGGAAAGCAGGAACUUCUGGCUCUUGUGUAAUUAUUGUCCCUGCCCAGCCCUGAUCAGAUAAAAUGAGGGGAUGGGAAUGUCUCUGUCUAUCGUCUCUAAUGCAGGUUCAAUACAGUUUCCUGUGUGCAGCAAUAAAUGGUUGAACACAACCAUGGAGAACAAAACCCACUCCAGUUCCACUUCCUUUGCACCCCAACUACAACCAUUAUUCACGCUGUUAAUGCAGGUACAUAUGUUCUGGGUUUGUAAUGUACGUUUCAUUGCAUGGCUU